ACAUACUGCACGUUUCGUCAUGAUUGUCUACAGAACAGAUCGAACGCUUGUCUGUCUUCUUAUCGUUGUGAUGGCAGGAGCAGAAGUGCAGGAGAACCUCUCACCUGAGUGUAAACAGUUCCUGUACAUGGGCACACUGCCUCGUGGGCUUGAGGAGCAGCCUUUUAAAAAGAUUUGCCAGUUCUACGAGGGCAACCCACGAUUUGUCACCCUGUAUGACACCUUCAACCACAUCCCUGUUUAUUCUGCGUACAUCUUUAAGCGCUCGGAUGGCUCCAAGAAGGUUGAUGUGCCAUGGAUGUAUGAGCCACAGCUCUCCACAGUGUCUGGCUCCAGAGAGAUGCAGCAGUUCCCUUCAGAAUAUGUCCACAAGAGUUUUGAAGAUGCCCAGGCCGUGCUUGACGACUACUCUGACAGUGUAAUCUUUGAACGAGGUCAGCUGAAUCCAGACGAGCACCAGGCCAACCCUGAUGACAAAGCAUCCACGUACACACUGACGAACGUGGUCCCUCAGGUCAGAGAGUUCAACAUCGGCCCCUGGAAAAACCACGAGCACACCAUCCGGAGGAGGCUCAACAACUACUGCCGUGGCACUGCUUACGUGAUCACCGGGGUCACGACCUCUGGGCACACAAUCCGCCGCCACAACAUCAACCGCCUGGGUAUCCCCACCUACCUCUGGUCAGCCUACUGCUGUAUUGAUUUUGACCACAACGCACCGUACUCAGAGCGCUCGAAGUUCCCUGCAUUUGCAGCUAACGGGCUCAACGACAGGGAGAACGUCAAGGUUCAAGAGAUGACGGUGCAGCAGCUGGAGGACUUCCUGAAGAGGGUAACUUAUGUUGGAAGCUCUUUCCAGCUCUUCUAUGACAACUGUGCGCCACCUAAUAGUGCCAAUAGUGCCCUGCACCUGACUUAAUAUAGUGGAAAAGGUCAUCCAUAUUCAGUAUAGAUUGAUAUUCACACACACUAGUGUCAGUUAACAUUUAGCAGCUAAUGGGAACCAAUCAUUUCACUCAAAAUCCAUUGUUUUUUUUAAACCAAUUGAUUCUACAUUUUGCACUUUCCCUGGGUAAACAUAGCUUGCUGCCAACAUUUACGGCAGGUUGUUUGCUGCUUAAAAUCUUUUUCACACUUAGAUAAUAGACAACUGUCUUUGUUCUUGGCCUGAAAAGAUAAUCACACCACUACUACCCUGAUAAUUUGACUUUUGUUUAAUGAUUUUACCCAGUAUUUAUUCUGUAGUUUAACAGUAAUUUCAGUCAUUAGUUUUUCUGAGCUCUAUUCAUUGAAGAUCUGUAAAUGUGGCUGAAACGCUACUAAGUUGACCUUUUAGCUUAGAUUUUGUUACAUAAACUGUCCCUAAAAGAUCAAGAUUGCCCUCCAUGUUGACAAAGAAAAACCCCUUUGUUACUAAAGUACAAUUUAAAACAUUACAAAUUCUCUCUAUUAUUUCAUAUUGUUAUUCUGUAGUACAUCAAUUAUAAUUCAAUUAUGUCGUAUUAGAUGGUGUAUGCUUGUUGUGCAUGAACUCACCAUGAAAACCCAAAGCCUGAGUGGUUGUACUCAUUCGCUUUAUCACGUUAACUUAUCCUUAUAAUGACUGGGAACCACCUGCCUCUGUAGGCCUUUUGUUCUGCACAGUCAGAUUAGGCCAACAGUUUUACAUUUUCACAUACAGCCUCUAAACUGUAGCAGUACUAUGCACCACACAGACUAAUGCAGGGCAAACUGAGCCUAUAUCAAGAUUCUGACUUUUCAUUUUAGAG